GGCGGAGGUCAACCUGGGGCUGGAGCUCAGUCCAGCGCGGCUGCAGUUCUCGAAGCUGUUCCCAGAGGUCUGGCUCAGGUCGUCUCCUCGGGAUCCUAAUCGGGAUGGGGACAAAGGCGGAAAUUGGGAGGAAACAGUUGCUUCUCUUUACAUUGGCGAACCUCUUCUCCCUGGUGCUGGGCAAGGGUUCCGUGUACACCUCUAGUCCUGAAGUCCAAGUGCCGGAGAAUAACCCCGUCAAGUUGUACUGCACCUACUCUGGCUUCAGCUCCCCGCGUGUGGAGUGGAAGUUUGGCCACGGUGAUACCACCAGCCUUGUUUGCUAUAAUAACCAGAUCACCGCUUCCUACGCGGAUCGUGUUACCUUUUCAACCAGCGGCAUCACCUUCAGUUCCGUGACCCGGGAGGACACGGGGACGUAUACAUGUAUGGUCACUGAGGACAAUGGCAACAACUAUGGGGAGGUCCACAUCCAGCUCACCGUGCUUGUGCCGCCAUCCAAGCCCACAGUCAACAUCCCCUCCUCUGCCACCAUUGGCACCCGGGUGGUGCUGACCUGCUCUGAACAGGAUGGCUCUCCACCCUCUGAGUACUCCUGGUUCAGGGAUGGGGUCCCGAUGCCCGAGGAUCCCAAGAACACGCGUGCCUUCAUCAAUUCUUCCUAUACCCUGAAUCACAAGACAGGAGAGCUGAUCUUCAGUCCUCUGACAACUGCUGAUACCGGAGAGUACCUUUGUCAGGCACAGAAUGGGUUUGGGAAAUCCAUGAGUUCAGACAGCAUCCACAUGGAAGCUGUGGAGCUGAAUGUCGGGGGCAUCGUGGCAGCUGUCUUCGUAACACUGAUUCUUCUUGGAGUCUUGAUUUUCGGCAUCUGGUUUGCCUACAGCCGAGGCUACUUUGAGCGCGCAAAGAAAAAGACCUCGUCGGGUAAGAAGGUGAUCUACAGCCAGCCCGCUGCCCGGAGUGAAGGGGAAUUCAAACAGACCUCGUCGUUCCUGGUGUGACCGGGGCCGCUCGCUCCUGUUUCUGAUGCCCGCGUUAGGAGCUCCCGGACUCUGGCCCUGACGUCUGUAGAUUCGCAGGAUGCCUUGACCCGCAGGAUCCCCCACUUAGUUAGGCUGUGAUUUUAACAGCGUCGGCUUUGUGCGCCUUCCUCUUCACCACAUUCCUUCCUUUGCGUGCCACUGCCGAGUGGUUCUCCCUCCCCUGCCCUCCGGGAGAGCGGGCGGGACCCUGCCUACCUGCUGACUUCCCCACUAAGUAGGCAGCACUCACAAAUGGUGGGCCUCCCGGGACCUUGAAACCACUGCCUGACCUGCUGUGGCCUUUGG